AUGAAACGAAAGACUCCGUUUACCUCGUUGUCAUCAAAGCAAGUAUUAGAAAAUAAAUUAGAUAAACAGUCAAACGAAGAGAAGGUAGAAGGUAAACAAACUAUCGGGAAUCAAAUUACUCGAGAGCAAUUUAUAUCUGCUGUUAAGGAAUUAGGAUCCGAUAAAAAGCAACUUGAUAAGGAAACAUGGCGCUUUAAUGAAUUCACACGUUCUAACGACUCUAUUUGGGGUCGACUGAUAUCGAAAAUGAAAUUAAACCAAACAGAAAUUGUACGUCAUUCUUUGUAUAAUGUUUGGCGACGUAAUCGUCAAAAAAUUGAAAACGAUAUGUCUGAAACUCGUCUUGAUGCUGUUGGAGAAAAUGGUAAUUUAGACAAAGAAAACGAGGUUGAGCUUUCCUUAUCGAACUCGGAGAAUAAGUCCGUAGCGUCUGAUGCGUCUCUUCCACAUCGAGAGACUCGUUCGACAGUUCAAAGUCAAUUGAAUCUACCAACAAUAAUGGAAGCAUCAUUCAUCAUGACCCCAAAAGAAUGGAAAGAUAUUUAUGAUCGCUCUAAACGUCAGAUGAAAUCGGGAUGGACAGAUGUAAUUUAUCAGAAAGUAUGCUCAUGUAAUUUUCAUUGUAUCCUGGUUUUUAGAAAACACCGUAUUGUUGUUGAAAGUUCACGUAAAAAGAAUUCUUCGUUUUUUAGCUGUAUAGCCACGUGUAAGAAUCGUUCGUGCGAGCGAACAUUUGAAAUUUUUAUCAAAGAUGAACCUACAGGGACACAAAGUAUUGUUGUUCGCAUAAGAUUCGUUGGAGACAAACAGCAUGAUAAAGAUGGAGAGGCAGCAGCGCGACCUUUAACUGGAAAACUUAGAAUUUUUAUUGGAAAGACAGCGAACACAAUCGGUCCCUUAAAAGUAUUUCAGCUAAAAGUAGAAAAUGCUGAUGCAGAAAUGUUAAGUGUUCGUAAUUUCACCGGAUGUGAGACUAUGGAAGUCUUGAAACAUGCAGCAGCAGAUUACCGAAAACAUUUUCGACUUGACGAAGAUAUUUUUCGAGAAUGUCGAGCUACACAACAUAUACUUGAAGAAGUCGAUGUGACAUCCGUCAAAAUAAAAGGUUACGUGCAAGUUAUGGCUGAGAAACCGUUUCGUCUUCACCUUACAUCAGAAGCACAGAUUUUACGUUAUAUCAGUUAUUGCAAGAAUAAUGCUUACUCACAUAUACAUAUCGACGCAACCGGAUCAAUAGUAAAGAGUCUGCCGCAUCAAAAGAUAAUUUUAUUUUAUGCAGCUGUUUUUAAAGACGGAAACGAUCCAACCAACAUAAUUCCACUAGGGCAUGCUAUUCUUGCUGAUCACACGGCAACAAGCAUAAGCUAUUUUUUGGGUACGCUUCGACAACAUAUCGUUACCCUUAAAGAUAAAGUUAUUCGACCUUCUUUUUUUGUCACAGAUUUUUCUCCUGCUAUAAUUAAUGCUGUUUUGCAGACUUUUAAUCAUGAAGAUAUUCAUGGUCAUUUGAAACGAUGUUGGAAUGUUAUUUUACGAAAAUAUGAUGCAAAAGAAAUCCGUAUUCGAUCGUUUUUGCGCUUUUGCUGUUCUCAUGUAAUGAAUGCCUUUGCUAGAAGUCUGUCAGCUGCAAACGUAGGGAAGGAGAUAAGAAAAAAGGUAAUGCACGUAUUUGCCUUGUUUAUCAAUUGUGGUGAAUUUGAAAUGUCAUUUAAAUUUUUAAAACGUGUUUUGCACAUGUUCGGUAACCCGCAAGCUACUGAUGCGGAGAAUAUUCUUCAGAUGUUUUUAGAAGCACCAUAUGACGAUGGAACUACUCCUGAAAAGAUUGGUUCUUGUGAUUUAGAGUUGGAAGAGGACUCGAUUGAUCCUUUAGAUGCAGUAGAUGAGAAUACGCACAGUAGUAAAGCAAUUAUUCAUCAGUCGCCCUUCAAUAUUGAAGCCAUUCGCCGGUUUCCUCAGCUUUCUGAGUUGUUGGAUUAUGGUAAAAAAUUCGAAAAUGUAACAAAUCCUCUUUUUUGUCGUCGGAUUAUUUUGGUCUUUUAUCAGUGGUUUGCCUACUUACCCUUAUGGACAUCUUUACUUCACGAAUUUGAAGCGCGAUAUUCGAAUAACCGAACACCAGUUGACAUUGGUAAAUACGAAGAAGGUCGUCUAACAAAUGCUCAAAUAGAAUGCUAUUUUGGUAUCCUAAAAGUUUCAACUUUUGAAAGAAAAACAAACCUGCGACCAGCAGAGGUGACUGUAUCGCUCUAUCGAAGUAUUCAGGCUCAACUGAAAGCAGAUAAAUUCGGAGUUAGCCAACAUGCAAAAAAUUGUAGGGGAAAACCCAAAGAUAUGAAUGUAGAGGAGGCUUGGGGUAACAAGAGAGCUCAAAAGAAACAACGAAGUACAUAUUUCAGUCGAAUUGAUAAAUAUAAUAAAAAACGGCUGGCAUCAAAGCCGAUCAAUCCUGUAGGAAAAACGAGUUUGUCGGACAAGCCAUCUUACAUUUCCACCAAUUUAGGGGAAAAAACCAGCUGCGUUUUAAAUGAUAUAUCUAAUGCAACUUUGUCACGUAAUUUACCUGAUUCUCCAUCUUCAAAGUUCACAGACCUUUUCGGCGGUACAGAUUUUUUAAAGAAUAUAAGUCCUUUCAGUAAUGCACGGGCAGUGUCAGUAUUUAAUGAACCAAUGUCUCCACCAAAUAUUUUUUCAAGUAUAAAACUUGACAGUUCGUCCAAUGUUUUGUCAACACCGAAACAAUUCAGUGAGGACAACAUGUACGGAUCUGUUGAUGAAAAUUUAUUGCGUUUCAUCAAAAAUCCUGUUCAACUUUAUCGAACAAAAAGUGUCUGCACUCGACAGGACUGUCCAAAACGUGAACGUAUUGUAACAACCACAGAUAUAGGUCUCGAAUAUAAUUUACGAGCAACAAUCAAUCAUGAAGUUGAUCAUUUUACCACCACUAUUAUCGACUCUUCCGAUCGUUUAUUUAUAUUCAACGAUCUUCAAGGUGUUACCGAAGUUAACCAUUCACCUUCUCAUGCAGAAACAGAUGUUUACGUAUUAAAAAAUUAA